GUUGGCGAAAGUACGUUAUUUGAAAUCUUGCGUUUCAACCAAGAAUAAUAUUUAUUUACACGUUAUUUAUUUUAUCUGUGUGGUUGAGUAGAGUUGGUAAUGAUGAACUUUACGAAAUGCGGUUGUAAGGAAAACCGCCCCCCGAUAGCCGGUCGCUCUGUAUGUUCUUGCACAGCAAGUUCAUCAAAAAUGCCAGGUGACAAUUUCAAGAUACCAGCUGUGCCCAGACCUCUCCACACCAGUGCGAAGACAAACCAAAAUGAACCCAAAGAAGCGCCAGGCAAGCUUGAACUGCAGAAACCAAAAGACGAGAAGAAAUCGUGGUCAUUAUCCGACUUCGACCUAGGACGACCACUCGGUAAAGGAAAGUUUGGAAAUGUGUACUUAGCUCGUGAGAAAGUUUCGCACUACGUGGUGGCUUUGAAGGUGCUGUUCAAAAGCCAGAUCCUGGACUCGGAGAUCGAGCAUCAGGUACGACGUGAAGUUGAAAUCCAGUGCCGUUUGCGACACCCAAACAUUUUGAGAAUGUACGGGUACUUUCAUGACGAAAAGAGGAUAUAUUUAAUCUUAGAAUAUGCGAAGCAUGGUGCUCUGUAUAAACUACUCAAGGAACGCGGGCGUUUUGACGAAAAAACUGCAGCCAUUUAUGUUAGAGAUUUGACUAAAGCAUUGAUUUAUUGUCACACGAAAAAAGUGAUACAUCGUGACUUGAAGCCUGAAAAUUUACUCAUUGGACACAAUUGGGAGUUGAAAAUGGCUGACUUUGGCUGGUCAGUGCACUCUCCAUCAUCUCGAAGAAUGACUUUGUGUGGGACAUUGGACUAUUUGUCUCCAGAGAUGAUUGAAGGCAAGCCUCAUAGUUACGCUGUAGACAUUUGGAGCCUUGGGGUCUUGUGCUAUGAAUUACUUGUGGGUCUGCCGCCCUUUGACUCUAAAGAAACCCAUCAGACUUAUAAAAAGAUCCGGUAUGUGAUACUGAAAUACCCAGAGUACAUCUCAGAGAAUGCUAAAGACUUAAUAGGGAAACUUCUAGUGAUUAACCCAGAGCAAAGACUACCUUUGGCCAAUGUCCUGCAACAUUCCUGGAUAACUGAGAAUGCCCCUGAGGGUACUCACCCCCCAGACUUUAAUACUGUCCAAAAACUUGCUUGAAAAUUGUAUAAAUAAUGUAAUUUUUGAAAAUGUGUUGUAUCAUAAUUACUAUGAAAUUAUGUCAAUUUCUUUAUUAUAUCUUGUAAUUUAAUUUUAAAAAAUUAUAACAUUUGGUACACAGCACAAAGACUUGAAAAAAGUGACUGAACAAUUUUAGAUAAUUUAUUUCAUUCAAAGACAAUCAUGUUAUAACUAGCAUAAAUAAUUUUAUUAGUUUUAAUACAUUGUUUAAUUGUA